AUGGGGCUGGACACGGGAGGUGAGCCUGCCUUUGGGGCAGCUUCACCAAAGCCCCGUGUGCCCCAGCUGGCUGCCUGCCCGUGGUACUGCCGCGUGGCGGCGAGUUUGGGGGCUGCCAGGGCUGUGUUUGGUGCAGCCCCCGACAGCAGUGCCAUGCUAAGCCUCCCGUGGAGGAGGCACCUGCUGGGUGCUCUGACAGGCCUGAAGCGUGGGCUUCAUCCCAUUGACCUGAAGAGCCCAAAGGAUGCUCUGCCACUGGGAUUCUUCUCUCAUAUUGCUGAAGAGAGAGAGUUGGUGCCCAGAGGGCAGCGCUGGCAGAGGAAACAGGAGUCACCUCAUCUCAAACCAUACCUGGCCCUUUCUUUGAAGGUGUCCCUGAAACCGGGCCAUUUCCAUUUCUGUGGUGGCAGCCUGUUCCGAGAAGACGUGGUUACUAGCAGUGGUCACUGCAUGGUGAACCUGGAGCAGAAACUCCUGAAGACCCUGGUGGUGACAGUGGGGGAGCAUCAUCUCCAGUGGGCAGACAGGCAGGAGCAGAGCAUCCCCGUCUCACAUGUCAUCAUCCACCCCGUGUUCAACCGGCUGCGCUACAUGGAUUGCGACGUGGCCCUGCUGUACCUGCAGCACCCAGCCCAGUACGUGGCUGGGGUGCUGGAUCCCGUCCUGCGGGAGGUGGAGCUGCCCCUCACGGACAGGCAGACCUGCAGUGCGCUGCUGAGGGGCAUGAACCUGCCACCGGUGCGGGGUUCCAUGCUGUGCACUGGCUUUCCUGAUGGCAGGGGGGAUGCAUGCAAGGGUGACUCUGGAGGCCCCCUUGCAUGUCUGAGGGCUGGUGGCACCUGGACUCUGGCCAUUGUGGUGUCCUGGGGGGUCAGUUGUGCCAGGGGAUGGGAUACCCUCAAGAGAAGCAUCACAGCCCGGGGCUCACCAGGCAUCUUCUCCCAGGUGGCUGCAUUCAUGGACUUCAUUGCCCAGCACAUGACACCAGGUGCUGUGCCAGGCCCUCUCCCUGUGCCAGUGGAGUGCAGUUCCCAAGGUGUCCAGUUCUUUCUAGUGGCUGCAUUUGGUACCCCCAGGCUUUGGAGGAUGGCUUGUGCCAAGAGGAAAGAUGAUAAAAUUUACCACGUGGAGCUGGUGACAUCAGUUGUCAGCUUCUGCCUGUGCACCUGGAAUAUAACAGUGCUGGAAGACAAAAUCAUCUUGAUACACUUCACCAAAUUAGAUGUAGAGUACGAAGUUGGAUGUGACCGUGACUAUGUGUCCCUCUAUUGGAAUGGAAAAGAGCUGGAUCAUAUUGCAGGCUUGGGCUGUGAAAGUGUCACAGUGUUAGUGGAAGAGGGCAAGAUUGAUACUGCUAAUUAGCCUGGCUUGUAUCCCAGGAACACAAAGUGCCACUGGCUCAUUGAAGGUCCAGCAGAGUAUGUCGUAAAGCUGGAGUUUGAAGACUUUGCUGUGGAACUUAGCCUGGGCUGCACUUAUGAUGCAGUUACUGUUUAUGGUGAUGAAGAAGAAGAAAACCAGUUGGCUAACCUCCAUGAAUUGUCAGCUCCCAAACCAGUGCUGAGUUCAGGGAAUACCAUGCUGGUACAUUUUGAAAGUGAUGGGGAGAGCAGCUUCAGAGGGUUUAGAGCCUGGCUCACUUUUGUUCAUUCAGACACCUGUGGCCUUCCCCCGGUUACUCCCCAGUGGCUGUUCAAGCGUGUUAGUGGGGCCGAGGAGGCCUGUCCUCGCUGCUGGCCAUGGCACGCCGCCCUGAAGCUUCUUGGAGAGUACCAGUGCAAUGCGGCUGCCAUCAGCCCUACGUGGCUGCUGACAGCCACCCGCUGUGUGCAGCUAUCCAAUAAACCCUUGCACUGGACUGUGACAGUAGAAGACCAUGACAGAGCCCUGAGAGAGUCAACAGAACAGGUGAGGCAGGUGAAAACCAUUGUGGUGCAUCCCCACUUUGACAUGCUGAGCUAUGACUCCAACAUUGCCCUGGUGCAGCUAGACAUACCUCUGGAGUACAAGCUGCUGAGGCCAGUAUGUCUGCCCAACAGCACAGAGAUAGCAUCUUCUUCUUCCCUCUGUGCUAUGUCAACUAACCUCAGAUUGGUUUCCCAAGCAGAUGGGAGCCGAGCUAGGCAGUUGCAGCAGACAUAAGUGCCUGUACUUGAAAAUGAAAUCUGUGAGAGAAAUUACUACUUCAGUCACCCUGGAGGGAUCACAGCCAGGAUGCUUUGUGCUGGCAUUGUUUCUGCAGGAGGCUGGGACUCCUGUCAGAUAAGUGCUCUCAAUACAACUAAUCUCCCUGAAAACAUGAGGCAAGCAGCAGUGCAGAGGCCAAACGGGAUAACUGCGAGUCCUCUCUCUUUCGGUUCCCAGGGUGGUUCUGGUGGCCCCUUGGUUUGCAACAAGGAAAAUUGAGCAUUUGCUCUUUAUGGCAUUGUCAGCUGGGGUGUUGGCUGUGCCAGCCCAAAGAAACCAGGGGUCUAUUCAAGGGUGAGGAUUUUCUUGUACUGGAUAAGACUGCUGAUGAAAGGCGCUGAACAGAGCGUCCUGCAGGGCAGUGGCAGUGCACCGGAGACCUCAGCACAGGGGCAGCCAGCGAAGCUGCCCACGAAGCUAACGGGGGAGGCGCGGGCGCAGGGGAGCUGCGGGACUCUGUGGAGCUGUCGUGUGCCAGAGCCUGCAGCGCUGGGUUUGCAGAAGGUGGUGGAGCUGGUUCAGUUUAGGAACGGCUUUGGGCAGAGCCUGGUAACAAAGUCUGAGUCUCCUAACAUCUCGGUGCAAGUGGACACAGCUCUCUGGAUUUUGUCCUGGGAAGAGUACUGCCGUAGCCAUGCCUGCACUGCCAUUCCCUGCUGUCCUCCGCUGCAAGCCCAGGGCCCGCGUCGUCCAGCAGUGCCGAAAUGUGUGUCAGAAGUGGAGUUAGAAGAGCCCCGGGGGUUUAUCUGCUCCUUCCUCGUCAGGAUACGUGGGAAGACAGAGUGCUCUUGGAUACUCCAACUGCCUCUGAAGGGCAUGGCAAAAAUUAUAGUAAAGCAUCUGUCAAUAUCAUCAUCACUGAGCUGCCAAGAGGAGUUUCUUGAGAUUUAUGAAGAGAGCCAGAGAGGAAGAAAAGAGCUAGAUAGGGAAGGAAUGAUCCAGUCACUGGGAUACCCCAUGAGAUAUGCAAAUUCCACCAGCUGCCACUGGAGAAUUGUAGCCCCAUUAAAAUCCAUUAUUCGGCUUGAAGUCCUGGACUUCUGGACUGAAAGAAAUCUGUCUAAUUGUCAUGGCCAUCUGAUGGUGUAUGAAGGAUUUCGACUAACCAAAGAGUUAACAGUGCUCAGAACAGUUCUGGGGAAAAAAUACUUGUUGCCAAAUGUGAAGGAUGACAACCCCGUGCUUGUGAAAGCCGUGCACAUGCACUAUGGCUUUGGUGGAUUUCCUUUCAGAAGUGGCCUGGCACUCCUGGAGCUGCAGAAACCUGCUGAGCCAGCUGUAGUUCAAGGGUUUAAAGAGCAGCUAGAAGUAACUUUGCAAGUGUUUGCAAGCCUGGAUCUUUCCACUUGUGUUAAUGUCAUUAAUGCAUCUCUAGCCACACCAGUGUGCUCUUCAGCUGGCACAAGCACUGUCUCACCAGAGCUCCUGCCCUACCAGGUGGAGGACAACAGCUCCCAAGUGUCUGUCCCAGUGGAUGGGUGA